AUGGCGCAGCGCGGCGCUGGACGCAGGAUACCGUUCGCCUUCCUGGCCGCGGUGCAGGAGGCCUUCGCCGCGAGGUAUUCGCCGGAGCAGGUCGCCGUCGAUGUCCCUCCGCGGAUAGGCGCCGAGUUCAGAGGAGAACUGCAGGCGCUCGUGGAGAAGUACAAUUCGCCAGACGCCGACCGCGUGGCGAGGCUCAAUGCGAAGGUGGCGGACAUCAACGACAGACUCAUGGAGAGCGUCGACAAGAUCUUGGAGAGGCAAGAGCGGAUAGAACUGCUGGUGGACCGCUCCGAGGUGCUCUCCUCCUCCUCGCGGUCCUUCCGCGCGGCGGCGCAGGACGG